AUGAAUCAUUUUAUAAGAACUUCGAGUAAAGUUCCAUUAGGACGUUACUCUAUUUCAAACCUUUAUUUUUCUAGAUUCUGUCUAAGAUUAAAAUAUACACGAAAAUUUUCCACUCCCUCAUUAUUUUUUGUCAAAGGUAAUAAAAGCAGUUUUAAAAGAGUUAAAAGUCCAUUUUAUGAUCAAAAAGUUACAUUAGAUAACGAUAACUCUGAUUUAACAAAUAAACAAUUCAAUGAUUCUUAUAAAGUACAAUCGAUAUCGACUGCAAAAUGUUCGGAACCUAAUCUAAUGAGGAAAUCCAUAAGUUAUAUUGUGAGAUUUAUCUCCGAAUAUAUUAUUGAGCCUAUAUUAAUAGCAUGUCGAUUUACUUAUUUGUUCUGUUUAUUUAUGCCACUUAUUGUUGGAUCACCCAUAAUAUUAAUCGGUAAAAGAGUUCCUGAAAAGGAUGACGAAAGGACAGGUGCGCUUUGGUGGUAUAACAUGUUGGUGAGAAGUAUGGAACGGGCCGGGCCAACAUUUAUCAAGUUGGCACAAUGGGCUGCUUCAAGAACUGAUAUCUUUUCCAAAGAGAUGUGUAAUCUUCUUUCAAAGCUUCACUCUGCCGUUGAUCCACAUCCAUUUUAUGAAACGAAACGAAUUGUUGAAGCAGCAUUUGGAAGAUCACUUGAAGAAAUCUUUAUUGAAUUUGAUAUGAAACCAAUAGGAAUAGGUGCAAUUGCACAGGUGUAUAAAGCUAUUAUUCGUCCUGAAAUUCUUCCAUCUUUUUUUUAUGAUGAUUCUAAUGGUACGGAUGUAAUUCAUCCUCCUGUGGUAGCUGUCAAAGUUUUACAUCCUACGGCAGAAAAAAAUAUACGGCGGGAUUUGAAGAUUUUAAUGGCGUUUGCAAAGAUUAUUAAUGCAAUCCCCACAAUGCAAUGGCUUUCUUUUCCAGAAGAAGUUUCAAUGUUUGGAGAAAUGAUGCGAGAUCAAUUGGAUCUAAGGAUCGAGGAAGCAAAUUUAUUGGAAUUUCAAAAUAAUUUUCGUAAUCGCAGAACAGUAAAAUUUCCUAAACCUUUGACCGGAUGCACUACAAAGAAUAUGUUAAUCGAGGAAUACGUAAGAGCAUUGCCCAUUAAAUUGUUCCUUGAUAAUGGCGCCAGUGUAUUUGAUCAUAUGAUUGCAAACAUGGGCCUUGACAUUUUUCUUCAUAUGCUCAUCCUUGAUAAUUUUGUGCACUCUGAUUUACAUCCUGGUAACAUCAUGAUCAAAUUCACGAAACCGAACACCUAUACCGUGCUACGCCAAUUUUGGGCACAUUACACUGCUUCCGAUGAGCAGGAAUCAAAGAUUCGAUACGGUGAUCACGAUUCGGAUGUUGCGAUUGAGAGACUUUUAUCAAAAAGUCACGACAAGGCACUUUGGUUGGAUGAGUUGAAAGAAUUAUGUAAUGAGGGGUAUUUACCACAAUUAGUCUUUUUAGAUACAGGAUUGAUAACGAGUUUAAAUGAAGAAAAUCGUCGAAAUUUUUUGGAUUUAUUUCGUGCGAUAGCAGAAUUUAAUGGUUAUAAAGCUGGUAGAUUAAUGAUUGAACGAUGUAAAACUCCAAACUUGGUAAAAGGUGGGGAAAUAUUUGCAUUAAAGAUGCAACAUUUGGUUUUAAAUGUGAAGGCAAUAACGCUUCAAUUAGGGAAGAUUGGAAUUGCCGAUAUUUUAACCACGGUCUUACAAAUGGUUAGGCAGCAUCACGUGAAGUUAGAGGGUGAUUUUGUCAAUGUAAUAAUCUCAAUUUUAUUAUUAGAAGGGAUUGGUAGACGAUUAGAUCCAACCAUGGAUUUAUUAAAAAGUGCGUUACCAAUCUUACGUGAAUUGGGUGCGCAAGGGGCGGGUAGGGGCGUUUUGAAAGAAAUUCCAGGAGGUGGCGCAUGGUGGUUGAAGUUUUGGUUUUGGUUAGAAGCUAGGGAAUGGGUAGAUAAUGCAUCAUGGAAAGAAUAUGCUGCAAUGUUUCACAAAAAUGUGUGGUGGCCUGAUAUUUGA